AUGGCGAAGCUCGGGGAAGGCGAUCAAAGAUGGAUCGUGGAAGAACGGAAAGACGGCGCGAACGUCCACGGAUGGCACUGGGUGGAGAAGGAUUGCAAAGAAUGGACGAGAGUCUUUUUCGAGUCUGAGUUCGUUUGUGGUUGUGGGGACGAUUUGGGGGACGACGACGGGGAGAAACAAAGUUCGUUUUUGGACGAUGAUGAUGAUGCAAAUGGUGUGAGAUUUGUGAAACCGUUGCGAAUCACCGGCGAAGCGUAUUUGAACCAAAGAAAAGGAAAAAUCAUACCCGGGUACGAGUUGGAACUCUCCAUCGAUUACGAGCUCGAAGGCGAGCGCGUAGGGACGAUGGUGUUACCGUACGUGAGCGAUGAAAACAGAGGGGAGGAUACCGAAGUAAAAUUCAGUCCAAAGGACGAGAGCGAGAAAGCGAAGAAGGCGAAGCGAUGGAUCGAAGAGAAGAGCGGGAAGGAGAAAGUGCGAGAGGUGGUGAAAAAAUGGGAGGAGGAAAUGGCGAGAGGGACGCCGGCUUUGGCCGCGAAGACGUCGGGAGAGAAUGGUAGUGAUAGUGCGAACAGCGACAGAGCGACGGAGGAAGCGGCGGCGAAACAAAAACCAAAACAGACGACGGCGAAAGGAAAGACGGAACACGAAUAUAAAAGCGCGCCGCUGUCGACGAAAUAUCAUACCAUAAAAAUCAAAGAAAAGUUUUUGUGUCGGGCGACGGACGUGUGCGAGGCGUUGCUAGACCCAAGGCGUGUGAUGCAUUUCACGAGAACGAAAUGUACGGGCCAGAAAGGCGUAGGAAAAUUUGAAAUGUUCGAUGGAAGCGUUCGCGGCGAAACGAUUACAUUCAUAGACGGCGAGCGAAUAGUACAAAAGUGGCGGUUCAACUCGUGGGUUCCGGAUCAUUACUCGACAGUGACCAUGGUGUUGAAAGAACCAGAGCCUGGGAACUGCAUUUUAGAGCUGACUCAGACGGACGUGCCGGAAGCUGACGCGCACGGGAACGAAAACGUCGUGGAAGUCACCGAGAACGGAUGGAAGAAUUUAAUUUUCGCUCGCAUAAGAAAUGCGUUCGGGUACGGCGCCAACCUAUAG